AUGGAAAACGUACCUGACGCAGAACUAGGUGUCUUGAGUCUUUUAGAAUAUCUCUCAUUGUGGAAAUGCAACUUAACGAAUGCAUCAGACAUUUGGAGAGGGUUGAAGAAUUUGAAAAACCUGAAGGUUCUUCAUUUGUUUUUAUUUAAAGAUGCUGAUACUCCUUUAGGAUUGAUAUCAAAUCUUCAUCAACUGAAAGUGUAUAGACUUGAGACCCAUGGAACUCUGCAAACUGGCAAAGAUGUGAGAGAAGAGAAAAAAUUUCAGGAGCUGGAGCGCUCAUCAAACUUAGAGGAAAUAUGGGUGCAAAUAAAAUCUGAGAUUAGCCUCAGCAAAUUAUUUGAAUCGGCCGAGUUACAAAGCUCCAUAUAUGGCCUUGAGAUUGAAGGUGUUCAAAUUAACAUGCCAUUAUUAGUGGCAACCAUGUCAAAAAUGAAGCACCUGCAGCGUCUUGUCUUGAAACUUUCACCUGCUGAGAUAGAUCCUUCUGUUUAUGACGCGUGUUGUCUAUCCACGCUCCGAACUGUGAGAAUUUUAGGGGUCAACACAAUACAUCAUUUGACGUGGUUGAAGUAUGCUCCAAACCUUCAAGAACUUGUUGUUGAAGAGUGCUCGUCAGUAGAAGAACUAAUUAAGGGAGAGAGAUUAGAAGAUGAGAAAGAUACUAUAUUCCCUUCUCUCGUACAGCUGACAUUGUACCUUCUGCCAAAUCUUAGGAGCAUUCACGAGAGAGUCUUGUCUGUCCGUUCCCUAAGAUCCAUUGAAGUGCACCACUGUGAGCAGCUGAAGAAGUUACCUUUUGAUUCUAAUUCUGCCAGGACCAAGUUGAGACAUAUCCGUGGAGCUCAAGCGUGGUGGGACAACUUGGAGUGGGAUGACUCAGCCAUUAAAACCGCUUUCCAGUCUAAAUUUCAAGAUUCAUAUUAUUGA